AUGAGCUGGUUAACCACCUUGUCGGGGUAUCUGACCCCGGGGUUCCUCGUGCUGUCACCGCUGCUCUCGUACAGUGACCAGGCCUACUCGAUGCACCGCGCAAAGUCGAGCGCCGGCUUCUCGCUCGACAUACCCCUCAUCAUGCUUGUGGCCUCACUGCUCAGGAUAUUCUACUACCCUGGUGCCAAAUUCGACAUUGCCCUCCUUAUACAAUCGCUUGUUAUGACCGUCAUGCAGGUCGUUCUUCUCAAGAUUGCGCUCGACCAUCGCCCCGCGCCCUCGUCAAAGGGCGGUGACGCUGCUGUCCCCUUCGCCAAAAUAAAUGAGCGAGAGAGACAACGGCCGUUCAACUUUUGGCAGUGGAGGUCUCCCAAGCCAUACUGGCAGUUUAUAAUGUCCCUGUUUGUCGGCCUGGUGGCUUGCGAGCUCUUGCUCUCCCCUAUUCCGUCGGUGUACCAGGGGUAUUCUUCCUUGAUCGGCUACAUCGGGCUCGCUGUUGAGGCUAUACUGCCUCUGCCACAGAUUAUCGCCAAUGCGAAGUCCCGGUCCUGCAAAGGUUUCCGGUUCUCCGUCUUGGCCAGCUGGCUGCUCGGUGACAGCAUGAAGAUGUUUUGGUUCUUCACCUCCAAGACGACCAUCCCAUGGGCGUUCAAGCUCUGCGGUAUCUUCCAGGCCUGCUGUGACUCCUUUCUUGGGGUUCAAUACUGGAUGUAUGGAAAAGGCCCAACUGAGAUCAAGGAGCAUGAGCUGCCCAGCACGGCGACUUGGGCCGAGCCCAAGGCCGAUAUUUUUGCAGGCGGGCGCCGCAGAGGUACUUCGGUGCUCCAAGCUCAAAAGACGACAUGA